CUACUAAAUAAAGUAACACGGAUAUAAUUCUAACAAUGGCGUUAGUGUUCAUACACAAACGCCCAAGCUAGAAAGAGAGGCUGAAUCCACACAUGGUCUUUGUCCUGACAACUAUAUUUGGUCGUGUAAUAUUUUGGAAAUACUCGUAUGUCGUGGUUUCAUUCAUACUUCGAGUAAUGUCCGUGGUAAUUUGAACAGUUUUUUACUUCUUAACCUUGCAUGUGGGAUGAUUAAACUGUGAAAAUGGCUGAAGCAUCGAGGAAAAGAUCUAGGAAGUCUAAAAUAGUGCUGAGGGAUGUCGCAUUGGAUGAUGAAGACGAUAUUGAGUUGCAGUUGCCAACAAAAUCAAAAAAAGUUAUAAUAAAAAAGGAACCUAAAAAGGAAAGUGCAGCAAAGAAACCUGCACGAAAAACUACGAAAAUAAACCAAGCCGUGGACAAAAGUGUGCUUGAUAAGAUAAAAGCACCAAUUGAGACAAAUAUCGAGGAACCAACACCAAGAUUUGACAUCAACGUUGAGAUAGAGGUUGAAACGUGUGAUGACGAAAAUUUUUACACCAAUGACGAAAACAAUGACCAAUCAACAGAGCAAAUAAAAGAUGUGGAAGAAUCUUCAAACAAAAUAAAAAUUAAAAAGGAAAUAAAGAAUGUAAUAUUGUCACGAGAAACUGUCAUUAGGGAGUCGAAUAAAAUUAAAGAAACAUCAACAAAUCUAGCUGAUUCUAUACUAGAUAUUUGUCUAAGAAACUCUUUAGGUUUUUUUGAAGAACAACAUCUCAGUACAUGGUACGACAUUCAAAUUAAGCACGCGUUGACAUCCUGGGAAGACUGGCAGUCAAAAAGUUUUCACCGAGAACAUCCUCUUUUCUACAAAUGUUAUAUUUGUACCAAAUCCUGGUGGAAUCUGUCAGAAUUCCGUGACCACAUACUUGAACAUACCACGGUGAAGCUAGACAUUGAGAAAUAUACACAGCAUGAGUGUAAUAUUAUAGCUUUUAAACCAAACAAAAGGCCGGAUGAAAUCAAAGAAUUUUUUACCGAAGGCCUAUGUUACCAUUGUGGUAAAGAUUACUCAAAACAUCAAUUAUCAGCCCGAGAUGACAAAAAUUGUUACAUGAACACCGAUUGUUUAAAACGGUUCCCUACGUGCACAGAGUUAAAACACCAUGCGUACGCUUGUAAAGUCUGCAGCAUUAAAAAUAACGAGUACAGCUUCUGUUGUCAAAUUUGUACAUUAAGUUUUGGUAAGAUUGAUGAUUUGACUGGUCAUAUGCUUUUAAUGCAUUCAGUGAAGUCCGAUAGGCCUAUUGCUGCAAACUAUUCCAAGUGUAAAGAUUGUUCUGAAGUUCAUUCGUCAAGUAUGAUUCAUACAUGUGGUAAUAAAGAAGCUGACACAAUGUGUCCGUACUGUUUCAAAAGCUUUUCGAACAAAUCCUUAAUUUUGGACCAUAUCAGUCGGUCAACCGUACCUUGGCAUUGUAAAAUUUGCAGUGAAGAAGUUAAAUGGAGUUGUACGAUACACGAGCAUUUAUUAACACAUACUGAUAAAUAUAUGUUUGUGAAAAUAUGCGUAAAAUGCGAAGGGAUUCAUGUUUUCCUUGAUGAUCGGGAGGCAAAACUACAUAUGAUGGAAAAACAUGGAUAUAAUGAUUUUGAUAGAAAUUUUCUUAAAAUUCCAGUACCAGUUUCCUGCAUUUACUCUGAUGAAGAGAAAUGUGAACAAGAAGAAACUCUACAAGAUAAAUUUUCACAAACACAAAAUGUAGGAGUGUUUAUACCCAACCCAGAAUCGGUAUUUCGUCGAGUUUCAAUACUAAAAAGGUCACAUAAGCAGCAAAAAAUCGUUUUGAAGCCGCAAGAAUCGAUUUUGAAAUUAAAAUCUUUGUCGGACCAUUCUGAAAGUGUCGAUUCAAAAGCUAAUAUAUUGAUACCAGCUUUAAAUGAACAAAAUUCGGUUUUUGAAAAGCAAGAAAACGCUACUGAAAAUGUGAUGGACAUAGUAAAAGUAAAAGAGGAACCUAUAGAUUCAGAUGAUAGUUCAAACUUGGUAAUUAAAGAGGAACCGAUGGACUUCGAUUACGAUGAUUACGCAAUACAAGACAAUACAACGAAUACAAUACAAGAAAGUGCACAUGCAGACUAUGACGAAGAUAUUGUAAAAAGUGAAAAUUCAGAAUAUGAAGAUGAUAUUAUCAAAUUAAACAUAAACAUCGAAGAUAUACUUGCUAAACAAGAAUCCAGUCGAGUCUUUGCGUUUGAACCGGAUUCAAAAAUAAAAUCUGAGCCAGCAAUUGACACUAAUAUAGAAGUCGAUAAAGAUUCAAUUUUAGAACCGGAAGUAAUCAUAUCGCAAGAAGGUGAAGAAAGAAAGAGGUUGUACGGUUGCUCCAAAUGUCCGUUCAAAGGGAAACAAGAGAAUUAUUUAAGACACAUAACACUAGACUGCCUGUAUUCCACCGUUGGUAACCGCAAAAAGUUUAUAUGCGUUCGAACCGGCCAGUUCUAUAAAACGAUCAAAAAGUAUUUACUACAUUUUUUAGAACAUGGAUACGAACCUCUUUGCUGUCCGGAUUGCUCAAAACAGUUUCACACAUACAGCAAAUUAGGGUCACAUGUACUCGGCCAUGUCAAACAAAAUUUUGUACGGAUUAAGAAAAUCAGUGAACGGUUGGUUGCUGAUGCUAAACCUGAGUACCAGUGUAGGAAAUGCUUGAAGAUUGUUAUUCUACAAGAGUACUUUCAACACUGGGAGUCUCAUAUUUGUGAUGCGAAGGUUCCGGAGAAGAAAGAAGUGGUGGCCGCACCAAGAUUGGUUACGGAUAUGUCUGAAACGGCUAUUCAAGAAUGUAUUAAAACGUUGCAGCGGAAACCAAAAGACUGUGUCUACUGCAAACGCCGGUUUCAAAGAGUCAACGAGUGCAAAAGACAUGUUAUAGAACACCUUUUAAUGGAUGCCUACACGCAGAAACAGAUACUAGGCCUUCUAAAAUGCCAGAUUUGUCAGGCCGGGUAUCCUACACCCGAGAAAUAUAAGCAGCAUAUGAGAAACCAUGCAUCUCUCCCAGUUUAUAAAUGCGAAUUAUGCGACAGAACGUUCAGUGAUUCAAGUAAUUUUACUAAGCAUAAAAAAGUGCAUAAUUUAAAAGUGAUUAUUUGUGAUUUGUGCGGCAAGAAAUUUCAGUCGAAGGCUAAACUGGCUGUGCAUAUUGAGCAACACGAAACAACAUCUCCUUUGGCAUGCGACAAAUGCGACAAAGUCUUUUACUUCGAGUCCGGUUAUCGUCGUCACGUCAAAAAUAAUCACGAAAGAAUAGGUUUUGGAUACCCCUGUGUUAUUUGCAAUCUCCGUUUCAGCUCCUUAAAAUAUAAAUGGGAUCAUAUGUGGGAAGUUCAUAAAGAAAGAAAACAUAAGGCAGACUGUCCAAUAUGUUUUAAAUCUUUUAGAAAAUAUAGCGAUGUACGCGCCCAUACUAAGCUUGUUCAUCAGACAGAAGUUUCGGUGUUAAGAGUGAAAAAUGCAUCGAAGACUGUUAGUGAUAUACAGUUGAUUUUAAAUAAUUCUGAUAUUAAGAUUGGAGAGGCUGAAACUUUAGUUAUUGUUGAUGAUGACGAUUCAUAGAUCAUAUUCAUAAUCCUCCUGCCCUUAUUCUGAUUCUAUUAGUGGUCGGCACAGCAUAUUUUCUCCUUCCAUACUCUUCUGUCUGCUGUCUCUAAAUCUACAGUUGAUUCAAGGGAAUUGAUGAUCAGGGGCCCGAUUCUGCUAAGUUAAUAAUGUCAAAAUUGAAUAUAAAUUGAAUCGCAAUAGCAGUUUUAACCUAAGCGGGCAUUCUGCUACUUAUAUAAGACCAAUCGUAUACCAAUUACCUUC